CGAACAAUCUUUUUACCAGAAAGCACUGCUUCAUCUUUACAAGAAAUCGCCCGGCUCGCUCUGUUUAACGCACGAAGGAAGCCGACUAUGAACGAACUCGAAGGAUUUAUAUGGCGUUUCUAGAUUUCUCUCAUUCUAUUGUUCUCAGACCAGUAUCCACGUUGACGAGAAUUGCAACCUUAGCCCGAGCAUUCAACUGGUUCCAUGUAUUUCUACAUCAAUUUCUGAUUGCUGGUUCACUCUUGUUCGACUCUCACUCAAGCUCUCCUCCCUCCCAGAUGACUCAUUUUUAAGCAUAACUACCAGUUUUGAAGUGGUAAUUAAGGUAUCUACAAGCAAUGGAUUCACCUGAAUCCAGCAGGAAUUAUGUAAAGAGAGAUGUAGAAGAUGGUUUGGGUGUGAAGACUGAUAGGGCAGGAGAUGAUGAAGGGUGGGACGGCAGUGAUAGGAGAAAACAUAGAUCAAGUAGGUCGAGAAAGUCGAGCAAUGGAGAAGAUGUCGAUGGAUUAGACAAUAGUGGUAGAAAAAAAACAUAUGGGGAUAGAAGUGAUAGUCGAAAAAGGUCAGGAGGCUCCAGUAGAGGAGGUAGCGAGGAAGAUGAAUAUGAUUCAAGGAAAGAAUCACGUUCAAAACAGACAAAAAAGAAACAAGAGGAGAGCACCUUGGAAAAACUUAGUAGUUGGUACCAGGAUGGAGAAUUGGAUAAUAGGAAAGAUGUUGGGGAUAAGUCAGGAAGUCGAGGACUUGGCAAAGCAGAUGAAAAUGAAAAAAGAAAAAUGACUUCGAAGUUUUCUGAGCAUGAAAGUUCUCAGAGUAGAAGCAAAAACAAAGAAGAAAGAUCUCACGAUGGAGAAUCUGAAAAAACACUGGAUCGAGAUUCCAGAUAUUCAGAAAAGAGACACAGUAGCCGGGAGAAAGGUCAUGGAUCUUCUGAGCAGGCAAGGAGAUCUCGGAGAAGAUGGGACGAACCAGACACUGUCAAGAAAAUCGAAGAAAGUUAUUCUGAAAAAGUUGAGGGUAGAAGUGGUAAGACUUCUGAUUUGAAGUUUGAGAGUCCUAGAGAGAAAAGCAUGCCCUCAAAAAAUGAAGCCAGUGAGAGUAAGGUUCAGGGAUUAGAUUUGUUCAAUGACAAGAGUACAAAGUCUAACUACAGGGAGGAUAAAAAACUUGAUGUUGAGAGAGGGAAGAGCAGAGGUAAGACAGAAGUGCAGGAAGAAGGUAGUAGGGCGAGCUCAGUUUCUCGUGAAGAUAAAUCAAGCAGAGAAAAAUCUGAAAAAUAUAGGCAGCAAAAAAUUUCUACUAGUAGAGAUGUUGCAAAUAGUCGGGAUAAAGUGCCCAUUGGUGAUGAUGAUGGACGAACGUGGACUAGAGAUAAAGGUGCAAGAGACGUUGGGAAUGUCGACAAGUCCAAGAGUCCUGAGAGAACAGAGAGGCAUCAAGAGUCAGACUACAUAGAUGUGGAGUAUGAAAGAGGUUUUAACCACAAGCGAAAGGAACUAGAAAAAGAUGGUUAUAGGGAUGAUAGAUCAAAAGGCAGAGAUGAUAGUUGGAGUGAUCGGAACAGAGAUCGGGAAGGUAAUGUUGACAAUUGGAAAAGACGUCAACAUGGAAACCAAGACAGUGAUACAAAAUCAGGGGAUUAUAUGUAUGAUCAUGGAAGGGAGUGGGAUCUGCCUAGACAUGGCCGUGAGCGGAUUGAUAGUGAAAGGCCUCAUGGUAGGUCUAGUAAUCGGAAAGAUGGAAUCAGGAAUGAAGCGGUGAAGACAUCGUCGAACUUUGGCAUUUUGAACGAGAAUUAUGAUGUGAUAGAGAUCCAAACCAAACCUUUGGAUUAUGGAAGAGUAGAGUCUGGAAACUUUGCUAGGAGGGCUGAAGCUGCCCAACAAUCUGAAGGUAAGUUUGCAUCAAGUGAUGGUGAGUGGAUGCAUCAGCAGGAAGGAAGGGCAAGGAGAACUGAUAACUAUGGUCCCGGUCAAUCUGAUGGAGAUUUGAAGGAGAGAUAUGCAGAUGAAGGUGGGAUAACACAAGAUCAGAAUUCAUGGAGGGAUGAGUUUGAUUUUCAUGGCGGGAAGGGAAGAGGCCAGAAAGGCGUAAAUUCAAGUCGCAUUGCUGGUGGUCAAAGUUCUAGCAGUGGUUCACAGCAGCUAUAUGGCAACCAAGAGCCAGGAUCCUUCAACCGAGUUGCACAGCAAGGAAUGAAAGGGAAUAGAGUAGGGAGAGGAGGCAGGGGAAGACCUUCUGGCAGAGAGAGUCAACAGGGCGGAAUUCCAUUGCCAAUGAUAGGAUCUCCUUUUGGACCUCUAGGAAUUCCUCCGCCAGGACCAAUGCAGCCACUCACUCCUGGCAUGUCACCUGGUCCAGGCCCACCAGUAUCUCCAGGUGUCUUUAUCCCACCAUUCUCCCCUCCAGUUUGGCCUGGUGCUCGUGGUAUUGAUAUGAAUAUGUUAGCUGUUCCACCAGGACCUUCAGGACCUAGGUUUCCUCCAACCAUAGGGACACCACCAAAUGCUGCCAUGUAUUUUAAUCAAUCAGGCUCUGGUAGAGGUGUUUCUUCAGGUGUAGCUGGGCCUGGUUUCAAUACUUCUGGACCAGGGGGACGAGGCACUCAACCUGACAAAAACCCUAGUGGUUGGGCUGCCCAGAAAAGUAUUGGUCCUCCUGGCAAGGCGCCUUCAAGAGGAGAGCAGAAUGAUUAUUCUCAAAAUUUUGUUGACACAGGAAUGCGACCACAAAAUUUUAUCCGGGAGCUGGAACUUACAAAUGUAGUAGAGGACUAUCCCAAGCUUAGAGAACUUAUACAAAAAAAGGAUGAAAUAGUAGCCAAUUCUGCGUCUCCUCCUAUGUAUUACAAAUGUGAUCUGAGAGACUUUGAACUUUCACCAGAAUUUUUUGGAACCAAGUUUGAUGUCAUUCUCAUUGACCCCCCAUGGGAAGAAUAUGUUCAUCGUGCUCCUGGUGUUGCUGAUCACAUGGAAUACUGGACUUUUGAAGAAAUUAUGAAUCUUAAAAUUGAGGCAAUAGCCGAUACACCUUCUUUCAUAUUCCUAUGGGUUGGCGACGGUGUUGGCCUUGAGCAGGGUCGUCAAUGUCUGAAGAAGUGGGGGUUCCGACGCUGUGAGGAUAUUUGUUGGGUGAAGACGAACAAAAGUAAUGCAACUCCAGGCUUACGGCAUGAUUCCCACACUCUUUUCCAGCACUCCAAGGAGCAUUGUCUCAUGGGGAUUAAAGGAACUGUACGUCGCAGUACUGAUGGUCAUAUAAUCCAUGCAAACAUCGAUACUGAUGUAAUUAUUGCCGAGGAGCCUCCUUAUGGUUCAACCCAGAAGCCCGAAGAUAUGUACAGGAUAAUUGAGCAUUUUGCCCUUGGCCGCAGGAGGUUAGAGCUCUUUGGUGAGGACCAUAAUAUUCGAGCUGGGUGGCUAACCGUCGGUAAAGAACUGUCUUCAUCAAAUUUUCUUUCCGAGGCAUAUAUCAAGAACUUUGCUGACAAAGAUGGGAAAGUUUGGCAAGGUGGAGGAGGCCGAAAUCCACCCCCAGAAGCAUCUCAUCUUGUUAUGACGACCCCAGAAAUAGAGUUGCUUAGGCCAAAAUCACCCAUGAAAAACCAGCAACAAAUGCAGCAGCAACAAUCAGCAUCUUUAACAGCAGCCUCCUCAACGAACCGGAGGCCAACUGGGAACUCGCCGCAGAAUCCAACCGGUUUAGAUGUUUCAAAUUCUAACCCUAUGACACUUCCCCCUUGGGGUUCACAAAUGGAGGGUUUUAAAGGACGAGAAGCCAACAAUAUUCCUCUAGGCGAUAAAGUUUUUGAUGUGUACGGGUUCGGCGAGCAGCCAAGCGGAGAGUAUGUCGAUUUUGAAUCUCAUAGACAGAUAAAUAUGAUGUAACAUAGUUAUAUAAAUCAUUGGCAUGCGAAUGUGCUUCGAUGUAGCUUCUUAAUUUUUUCUCAUAAAAGAAAAGUUUGAAACAUUUUUACGGCGUUGCCAUUUCCAUUACUUGAAUUUGUAGUUGUAUUUGCAUAUUGUUAUAUUGUUAUCCCAAAUUUGGGAUUCCAGAACUAUGGGCUUCCUGCAAUUCAAAGGAAAUUCUAUAACUUGGUAGCCCAA